AGAGAGAGAGAAAGGGAGAAAGAGAAGUAAGGGCAGUGGGUUUGUGCAACAAGACAAGACUUUUUGUAAUCUCUUGGUUUUUUUAUUUAUUUCUUCUUUCUUUUUCAUAGACGCAUGUUUGAAUUACGGUCCAUUAAAUUUGCAUUUGGCCUUGCUUUACUUUUUAUCUGCCUCUUUUCAUUAUAUACGCUUCAACAGCGUACGAUGACAGCACCAGACACAGACAGUACGAAAUGGAAAUUAAAAGACUACGCUCAGCCACCACCAGAUAUAUUGGCAGCCAUAGACAGAAAUACGAUUACCGAAAGAAUGCAAGGUCAGAAGAAACCAUUAAACAUCUUGCUGAUAGCCGUCGUCAACACAGGCAUGAUGAAUUACACACUCAACUGGAUAGAGUCCUUGAAACGCACGGGACAAGACGACAAGUACUUGGUAUUUGCCAUUGACCAAGGCGUGGUCGAUAUCAUGACCGAAAGGGGAUACGAACAACAUGUCACUUUGAUUCCAGCCGAUUGGUUCCAUCGUCCGCUCGACUCCGGGUUUGCUCGUUGGAAAACCAAUAGCUACCUCCCGAUUACGCACGCGAAGACACUCGUGGUCGAGCGACUGCUUUAUUUUGACAUGACCGUUUGGUUUACCGACGUUGACAUUGUGUUUCUAAGCCCACACAUUCGUGCGACCAUGCUUGCACAGAUGGGCGGCCGAGACAUGGUCUUUAGUCAAGAGAUUGAUCAACGAGUGAUCAAUUCAGGAUUCUACAUGAUGCGGCCCACCCUUGCUUCCAAACGGCUCAUGGGCCUUGUCAUCCAAGGUCAGGACGAUACGCAGGUGCUGACACAGCAAAAGGUCAUGAACCGAGUCCUUCGAUCGGCUUUUACCCGAGACUUUAUGAAAUGUCCUUACCGUUUCCUUGACAUGCUCUUAUUUCCUAAUGGAUGCGAUUACUUUAGAAAAAACCUUCCAAAUAAGCUUGGCAUACAACCUCUCAUGCUUCACGCCAAUUGUCUCAUCGGCGACAAGAAAAAAGACGCACUGGCCAAAGAAGGCAUGUGGUAUCUAUAGUUUUCUAUUUUUGGCGCACUGAUGUUAUUGUUACACAGGCUUGAUGUGCCUAAAUCAGGAAGAUGGUAUUGUAAACAAUAGAAGGAGUUUCUUUAAAGUCAAUUGAAGCUGUAUUUUUUAUAUUUUUUUUAAAUAAACCAUAUAUUUUUGAAUGUAUAAAGCUCCAAGUAAAGAAAGAAACCUGGGUAUAAGGACCAGUAGUGACUGGCGACACCGUCCAAUAUCUCCAUCCAACAGUACGUCAACGCCGGUACGCUCAGCAAGUCCCAACAUACCAAGUCCUUUACCUCGCCCAGGUCGACAAAACACAGCGCCUAAAUCAGUAGCAGUUCUUCAGCAACAAUGG